GUCGGUGUUGGGGGCCCUUAGGGUUGGGGUGUCAUGCUUUUUUUCUAGAAUUAAGUCUGAGAUAUUUGGGUCCACUUUUACCCGCAACUCGAGAGUCGAAGCCUUCUUCUUGGCUAUCCGACCCUUGGCUGGCUUUGACAGAGGAUUUCAAUGCUCGUGUACGCUGAGUGAGAAUGUGGUAAAUCUGAAGAGAUGGAAUUCGUGAGCUGGAAUCGGCCAUCUCGUGAAGAUCAAAAGAAAUGUCUUGACAAGUGCGCCACAUUCAACUAUGACGCUGAAUACAGAGGAGCCACUGCGUAUUCACUCAAACAAGAUACAGAGCUUACCAAAAGGGGCUUCUUCCUUAACCAUUCCCGUGUUCUAGUUGGUUCUGGAUCUGCCGCUUUUGAAAAAGGCAAAAAAGCCCUUCAGACCUGGAGGCAUUUCAGCCUGAACUGGACAUUUGUGGAUCCCAAGAGUAGAAUCGGAGUUGGGGAGAAAUUUUGUGUGUGCGUGAAGGAAUUCUUGCCAUGGGUUAUGAUGCCUUUACAAGUGCUGUAUGUUCACGAUCAAACCAUAAACAAAGACAAAGGGAUGAUGGCCUCCUUCAGUUUUGGUAGUGGAACUCUUCAAGGCCACUUGUUGGCCGGGGAAGAGCGGUUCUCAAUUUCUUUGGAUGAGAAUGACAAAGUUUGGUAUGAAAUACUCUCCAUCUCCAAGCCUGCCCAUUUUCUCUCUUUUGUGGGAUACCCCUACGUACUACUUCGACAGAAAUCAUUUGCUCAUCAAUCAAGUAAUGCUGUUAGAAAAUACUUGGGACCUUGAUUAGCUCCAUCAUAUAUAUCUUUAAUCUGCUCAGAGCCGUUUCUAAUAUAGUAAUUGUACUUGAAUUUCUUUCAAUCUGACCCAUGUACUAUCAUAUUUUGUUCAUUCUAGUGCAAACUGAUUCUACUUUUAGUCUCGGGACAAUUAGAUGAGUCCUUUUUUUGGUUCUCAAGUUUCAUUUUUCCACUUUUGGUUCCUUAAAUAUAGAUUUAUGGUCCUUUUGGCCACUUAUAUCCAAUCAAUUUCUGUAGAAAUUCCUAUUGAUUUCCACCGAGAAAGUAGCCAUAGUUGUAUUGUACGUAGUAAAUG